GUUUAACAUGGCUUCCAAAGAUCAUUUCGAGAGUCUAAUCGAGGAGACAAUUUGUCCCAUCUGCCUGGAUUUCUUCGCUGAUCCAGUAUCACUGGAAUGUGAACACAAUUUCUGCCGCUCCUGUAUCACAGGCUGCUGGGAAAGGGAGGAGAACAACUCCUGCCCGGAAUGUAAAACAGAGUUUGCGGACCGGACCCUCAGGGCAAGUCGGAUUUUAGGGAGACUGGCUGCGAAAGCUCGGAAUCUAUACCUGAAGCCGAAAGAGAAGGAAAAUAAACUUCACUGCGAAGAACACGAGUUAGAAUUGAAACUGUUUUGUGAAACUGAUAGGAAAUUGAUCUGCGUGAUUUGUGCGACUGCGCAGGAACACAAGUCUCAUGACUUCAUGCCGAUUAAAGAAGCUGUUGAAAUCUGCAAGGAUCGGGUGAAAUCUUCCAUAAAAUUUCUCACAGAGAAGAAAUCAGUGCUCCUGGAAAUGGAACGGCAACAGAAAGAUAAGAUCUCCCGAGUUCGGGAACAAUCCAGCAGCCUACAGUCCCACAUCACUUCGCAGUUUGCUGAAAUGCACCAGAUUCUCAACGAGAAAGAGCAGCACUUACUCAGAGAUCUCAGAGAAAAAGCGGAAAGUAUUCUAAACUCGAUGCAGAAAAAUCUUCGAGUCAUUCAAGAGAAUUUGAAUUCUCUUCUGAAGGAACUCUCGAAUUUACUGCAACAGUUGGAUGAAAACGACAGUGUGAUGUUUCUGCAGGAGGACUCUCACCAGAAGAGCAGGUUUAGUGAUGAGGCCCUGACAGUUUCCGUGGCAGAUACUUCCUUGCCGGUAGAAAAAAUUGACCAGCCCUUAUUGUAUACAGUGUGGAGAGGAUUGUUUGAUGCCAUAAAGCAAGAUUCUGUCACGUUGGAUGUCGAAACAGCGAGCCCAUGGCUUGAUGUGUCUGAAGAUCGAAAGAGUGUGAGAUGCACCGACACUUGGAGGGAUCUCCCUGACACUGGGAAGAGGUUUAGAGACUGGGAAUGUGUUCUGGGAUCGGAGGGUUUCACGUCGGGGAGACAUUACUGGGAGGUGCAGAUGACGGGCAGUCGGGUCUGGAGGCUGGGAGUCGCCGCAGAGUCUGUGGAGAGGAAGAAGUGGGUAGCUUUAAUACCAGAGACUGGAGUAUGGACCAUCGAGCGAAACGAAAACCACCUUUACGUGAACUCCUGCCCUGAAUCCCGUCUCCCUACCCGUCCCAUUCCCCGGAGGGUGGGAAUUUAUCUCAGUUACGAGUUUGGGACAGUUUCAUUUUACGAUGCCGGCACCAAGUCUCAUCUUUACACCAUCACUGGGAACAAAUUCACGGGAAAACUUUAUCCGUUCUUCACAACUUGGGACAAAAAGUGGCUGAGAAUCUGCUCUGGAUCUGUGAAAGAGGGUCGGGUCCCGGGACCGGCAUUGCAGUGGGGGUUAGAGGCUGUGACGCAGAUAUCCUGUUGACCAGUGGUCCCCAACCACCGGGCCGCAAAGCAUACGCUACCGGGCCGUGAGGGAACGAUAUGAUUUGGCCAUAGGAGUCAGCUGUACCUUUCCUCAUUCCUUGUCACGCCCACUGUUGAGCCAUUAUGCAUGCGAGGUCAUUGCCCGCGCGUCAUCCAUGUCAGCGCGGUAAGAAGAUCAACUCCUCGAGCUUGCAAAUGACGGUGGGCUGAAAAGUAUUAUUGACAUAAUAUCUCUGCCGGCAUUCUGGAUCUCAAAGUCAAGGCUAAAUAUCCUGCGAUAGCCACGGAAGCACUGAAAACGUUGCUUCCAUUUCCAACAUAUCUCUGCAAUGAAUGGAACAAAAACCAAAUUGCAGAAUAGACUGGACAUAAGGAACCCCCUUCGAGUAUCGCUGUCUCCCAUCACCCCUCGAUAGGACCAUCUUGUUGCAGGGAAACAAGCAUUCAGCCCAGGGCUCCCACUGAUUCAGCGAUAUUGGUGUGUUGCAAUGAUUUUAUAUGUUCAUACGGGGAAAAUAUGUGCUGUGUGUUUAAUAUCCAAACGUUACUUAAAAUGUUAUGAUGCUAUUGACUUACUUAUAUAACCAUAUAACAAUUACAGCACGGAAACAGGCCAUCUCUGCAUUUCUAGUCUGUGCCGAACGCUACUCUCUCCUAGUCCCACCGACCUGCACUCAGCCCAUAACCCUCCAUUCCUUUUCUGUCUCUACACCUAUCCAAUUUUCCUUUAAAUAAUAUCGAACCUGCCUCUACCACUUCUACUGGAAGUUUUCACCACUUACUUCAAGCUCCCGUCCCUCCCUGAUAAUUGACUUAUCACUAUAUUCAUGCGAGGAAAAUAUGCGCUGUGUGUUUAAUAUUAAAUUCGUUAGAUAAACCCUUUUAGAAACGGGAUUGAGUGUAUUAGGCACUUAUCACCAAUAUUCCGGUCGUGAUUAACAUCCCUCCCCCCGCAACAGAAUCACCGAAAACGGUUUGUAGAAAACGUCGGCACGUACACGCAUACGCAAAGCACGCAUGCACACUGGUGCCCACGCAAGGAUUCAUGGUCAUUGUAGGCUCUCUGUGUAAACAACGUAUUGGCUCUACUCUUGUCCGUUGGCAACCCUACCUCCCCUCGGGUCAGCCGGUCCGCAGGAAUAUUGUCAAUAUGAACCCGGUCCGCAGUGCAAAAAAGGUUGGGGGACCCCUGCUGUAGACAAUAGGUUGGCGCAAAAGGGUUCCAUUCGAUCCCCAAUUCCGUAUUGUAAAACCCCAAUGAUCCUGAGCAUAAAUCCGAUGGAAAUGUAAAGGUGGGGAUAGUUCAAUAAAUACGAAUUGAU